AUGGGCAGAACACGAAAAGUUGUUAAGAAAAUAAAUGAUGCUUCUCUAAGAUCAACUGAAACAAAUAAUUCAGUUGAUGAUCAAGCUACGAAUAUAGAAGUUACAUCGAAUAAAAGGAAAAAUAGUUCAAAUCUUGAAAAUCAUGAACUACAAGCUACGAAUGUGGAUGUUACAUCAAAUAAAGGAAAAAAAUCAUCGAAUCGUACUAACACGAAAAAGAGAAUAAAAGUUGAACCUAGUUUUAUCAAUAAUGAUAAGGAGAUAAUUCAAUCAAGUUCUCCAUCUUUAAUUAAAGACAAUUUGCCUUCUAAAAAUAGUGCACAACAAAGAAAACAAGUAUCAAAUGCUUCGUCCUCAUCCUCAUUAAUUAAAAACACUUCAUCUUAUAAACAACAAUCAUCUGUAUCCAAAACUUCUCCAUCUUUUUCAGUCAGAAAUGGCUCUCCCGAAAAAGCAGGCGGCCAAGGUUCUACAGAUAUCCAACAAAAAGCUAAUGAGUUCAACAUAUUACCAGAAAAACCAAAUGCAUCAGAACGUACUACAUUGCAGAAAUGGGCCUUUGCUUGCUUCCGGGAUUAUAAUGCAUUUUUAAGAAAAGAACUUAGAAAUUUAGUUCCUAAAUUUAUAAGGAAAUAUAAAUUAACUAAGUCAAAGCCACCCGAAUUGAAGCAACUUUAUGAAUAUAUUACAGAAAACAAUUGGCAAGCCUUUUUAAAAUACCAUAUGGAUAUUUUAGAUUUAGAGAAGACAUUCAGAAAGCGGCCUGAAAAUGUUGCCAAAUUUACCAAGUUCAUAUGA